GCACUUGUGCUAAAGAAAACUACAAUUCCCAUGAUGCACUGCGCCGGACCGGAAGUCAGGCAAGGGGGAAGCAGAGAGCCACAGUGUGUGUGUGUGAUACACUGUAACUGUCAGACAGAGGAGAUGAGGGGCAUCUGUGUCAUCUCCCGGCUGCUGCUGUCCCCCAAACACUGUGUCAGGCUGGCGUGUGUCGCCUCCUGCAGGAGAGGAUUUGUAACCAGCAAUGUUUUGUCUAAUUAUGAUGUCAGAAGGGUGGAAAUAACGUCAUCCGAGCAGAGGAAGUUAACGUUCGAUACCCAUGCUCUUGUGAAGGACCUGGAGACACAUGGAUUUGAUAAAGCCCAGGCUGAGACAAUUGUGUCUGCGCUGGCCUCGCUGACCAAUGCCAGUCUCGACACAGUAUACAAGGAUAUGGUGACUCGUGCUCAGCAGGAGAUCACCCUGCAGCAGAUCAUGGCGCAUCUGGACUCCAUUCGGAAGGACAUGGUGAUUCUGGAGAAAAGCGAGUUUGCCACCCUGAGGGCGGAGAACGAGAAAAUGAAGAUUGAAUUAGAGCACGUCAAGCAGCAACUAUUGAACGAAACUAAUCGGAUCCGUGCUGAUACCAAACUGGAUAUAAACCUUGAACGAAGCCGUCUCACAGAUCUGUUCACAGAUCAAGAAAAGAAGCUGAUGGAAACCAGCACAGAAUUCCAUAAAAAGAAUGCGAAUACUGACGGGGUCAUCACAGAAAUCCACAAGAAGAUUGACAUAGACAUCGCGUCACUGAAGACACUGAUGGAGUCGCAUAAGCUGGACACUGUCCGCUAUCUGGCAGCAUCUGUAUUUACCUGCCUUGCGAUAGCCUUGGGGUUCUAUCGGCUCUGGAAGUAGAACAAGGUAUAUUUUGCCUCCUAUUAUUUGAAUGGCAGCUGAUGACAUCGCAGUUCUCCUCUGUGUGGCGGACAGGACUGAGCCAGACUGCAGUCUUGCAUCAUUAUCUCCCAGCUGGCGUGACUGCAGCACAGUGCAGCCCUACAUCAUUAUCUCCCAGCUGUCAGGACUGCAGCACAGUGCAGCCCUGCAUCAUUAUCUCCCAGCUGGCGUGACUGCUGCACAGUGCAGCCCUACAUCAUUAUCUCCCAGCUGGCGUGACUGCUGCACAGUGCAGCCCUGCAUCAUUAUCUCCCAGCUGGCGUGACUGCUGCACAGUGCAGCCCUGCAUCAUUAUCUCCCAGCUGGCAGGACUGCGGCACAGUGUAGUCCUGCAUCAAUAUCUCCCAGCUGGCAGGACUGCGGCACAGUGCAGCCCUGCAUCAAUAUCUCCCAGCUGGCAGGACUGCGGCACAGUGCAGCCCUGCAUCAAUAUCUCCCAGCUGGCAGGACUGCGGCACAGUGCGCUCUGGUUCUGGACUGUUUAUGCUUCUCAUUACUACUCCAUGCGGUUUUUUCAUUUAUCACUCACAGUGACAUUAUUCCGAGCUAAGGAAUGAGGUGACGGAACAUCUGGUAACAGGGCUCCGAUAUACCAGCAUUGAAGUGCCUUUUUAUAUAUAUAUAUAUAUAUAUAUAUAUAUAUAUAUAUAUAUAUAUAUAUAUAGUGUAAGUUAAAUAAAUUUGCUGUUUUAUAUUGUUCUUUAAAAUAUAAUGAAAACUGCUGCAGUGUAAGCGGUCUAUAUUGUGUCCUGGCUCCUACAUCACAUGGCCGGAGAGACAAAGUAAGGUUCUAAUGGUGAAGGAAUCCGAUAACAUUCUAAAAAAUAGUCUUAUACAAUCAUCUUGUCAGGCAGGGUGUCUUCAUUUUAUCUUAGGGGUAAAUUUAAGGUGGGAGUUUUUUUCAGAACUGGUGAAUGUUGCCUAUAGCAACCAGUCAGAUUCUAUCUAAUAUCUUCUAGAAGCAGCUAGAUAAAUGUUAAGUAGAAUCUGAUUGGUUGCUUGAGCAACAUCACCAGUUUAUAAAAAACUCCCACCUUAGUAUAUUUACCCCAUAAGGGUAUAUUCAAUUAGUGUCCGAUCCUCUCUACUGAGGAUCCGACACUUUGCUAUUCUAUUGCGGGCCGUUUCCCGCUGAUUCCGACCAUUCAUUUUCGUCCUCUUUUAUGGGCGAAAAUGAAUGGUUGAAAUCAGACCCGUUUUCAACCGCAUCGGGGUCGAAAACACAUGAUGAGCUGAGAUUCCGCUAAUCCAUGUGUUUGUCAACAUUUCUAAAUUUUCGACAGGGCGGAAAACUGGAACUUCAAUUGAAUAGUGACGUGUCGAAAAAGUGCAGAUUGUCGGCGGAAAGUGCCGUCUUCCCGCCCUGUCGAAAAUGUAGACACUCAUUGAAUAUUGCUACUGAUGUGAGAGCUGGUGCAGAGUGGAAAAAAUAUGUAACAAAAACAAUAUAAUGUAACAUACAUCUUCUAUAAGUGACAUUUGAUUGUAUUAAAUAAACCGCGUCCGUGAUUUA